ACCAAAGCGCUGCACUCAGCUCUCGCCGCCGCCCAGCCUCUCCUCGCAUGUCGCCUAUCUCCUUGCAGGGUAAUCGGGAAAGAGAAGAAGUGGUCCAGAGCCGGAGAGUAGAAAGGGCGAGUCUUUCUGGCUUUUCUCCUGUCUUGCUCCUUUUGCCCCUCUCCUUCCCACUUCUGUGAAAGCGAGUGUGAGAGCCAUGGGGCGAAGAGCCUGGACUCUGCAGUGUACUGCUUUCGCUCUCUUUUGCGCUUGGUGUGCAUUGAACAGUGUAAAAGCGAAGAGGCAGUUUGUGAACGAAUGGGCAGCGGAGAUCCCCGGGGGACCAGAGGCUGCUUUGGCCAUAGCCGAAGAGCUGGGCUAUGACCUUUUGGGUCAGAUUGGAUCUCUUGAAAAUCACUACUUAUUCAAGCAUAAAAACCAUCCCCGAAGGUCUCGAAGGAGUGCCCUUCAUAUCACUAAGAGAUUGUCUGAUGAUGAUCGUGUGAUAUGGGCUGAACAGCAGUAUGAAAAAGACAGAAGUAAACGUUCACUUCCUAGAGACUCAGCACUAAAUCUCUUCAACGAUCCAAUGUGGAAUCAGCAGUGGUACUUGCAAGAUACUAGGAUGACUGCUUCUCUGCCCAAACUGGAUCUCCAUGUGAUACCUGUUUGGCAAAAAGGCAUCACAGGCAAAGGAGUUGUUAUCACUGUACUGGAUGAUGGCUUGGAGUGGAAUCACACGGACAUCCAUGCCAAUUAUGAUCCAGAGGCUAGCUAUGAUUUUAACAAUAAUGACCAUGAUCCAUUUCCCCGAUAUGAUCCCACAAAUGAAAACAAACAUGGGACCAGAUGUGCAGGAGAAAUUGCCAUGCAAGCAAAUAAUCUCAAGUGUGGGGUAGGAGUGGCAUACAAUUCCAAAGUUGGAGGCAUAAGAAUGCUAGAUGGCAUCGUGACCGAUGCUAUUGAAGCAAGUUCAAUUGGAUUCAAUCCCGGACAUGUGGAUAUUUACAGUGCGAGCUGGGGCCCUAAUGAUGACGGAAAAACUGUGGAGGGGCCUGGCCGACUAGCCCAGAAGGCUUUUGAAUAUGGUGUUAAACAGGGGAGGCAAGGAAAGGGUUCCAUCUUCGUCUGGGCUUCCGGGAAUGGGGGGCGUCAGGGAGAUAACUGUGACUGCGAUGGGUACACGGACAGCAUCUACACCAUCUCCAUCAGCAGUGCCUCGCAGCAGGGCCUGUCCCCCUGGUAUGCUGAGAAGUGCUCCUCCACUCUGGCCACCUCAUACAGCAGUGGGGAUUACAUGGACCAGCGAAUCACGAGCGCUGACCUGCACAAUGACUGCACAGAGACCCACACGGGCACCUCGGCCUCGGCACCCCUGGCUGCUGGCAUCUUUGCUCUGGCCCUGGAAGCAAAUCCAAAUCUCACCUGGCGAGAUAUGCAGCACUUGGUUGUAUGGACCUCUGAAUAUGACCCACUAGCCAAUAACCCUGGAUGGAAAAAGAAUGGAGCAGGCUUGAUGGUAAAUAGUCGAUUUGGAUUCGGGUUGCUGAAUGCCAAAGCUCUAGUGGAUUUAGCUGAUCCUAGAACCUGGAACAGUGUGCCUGAGAAGAAAGUCUGUGUUGUAAAGGACAAUGACUUUCAGCCCAGAGCGCUGAGAGCUAAUGAAGAAGUUAUCAUUGAAAUUCCAACAAGAGCUUGUGAAGGACAAGAAAAUGCUAUCGUGUCGCUGGAACACGUACAGUUCGAAGGAACAAUUGAAUAUUCCCGAAGAGGAGAUCUUCAUGUCACUCUCACUUCUGCUGCUGGAACCAACACCAUUCUGUUGGCUGAAAGAGAGCGGGAUACAUCUCCCAAUGGCUUUAAAAAUUGGGACUUCAUGUCUGUUCACACGUGGGGAGAAAAUCCAGUAGGCACCUGGACUUUGCAAAUUACAGACAUGUCUGGAAGGAUACAAAAUGAAGGAAGAAUUGUGAACUGGAAACUGAUUUUGCAUGGGACCUCUUCUCAGCCAGAACACAUGAAACAGCCACGUGUGUACACGUCUUACAACACCGUGCAGAAUGACAGAAGAGGGGUAGAGAAGAUGGUGGGUUUGGCGGUGGAUCAGCCCACAGAAGAGAGUCUGAAUGAGAAACCCCUGACUACAGAAAACCUCAGUGGCAGCAGUGUGGAAAACAAAAGGGAUAAGCUGGUGGAGGGAGCUUCAUCUGAGGCCAUGCUGCAACUCCUAGAGAGUGCUUUCAGCAAAAACUCACCCCCAAAGCAAUCACCAAAGAAGACCCCAAGUACAAAGCUCAACAUCCCUUAUUUCUAUGAAGCCCUGGAAAGGCUGAACAAACCUUCCCAGCUUAAAGAGGCUGAGGACAGUCUGUAUAACAACUAUCUCGAUGGUUUCUAUAACACAAAACCUUACAAGCACAGAGACGACCGGCUGCUGCAAGCUCUAAUGGACAUUCUGAGAGAGGAAAAUUAAAAUAAUUCUGUGGUCCUGAGUUGGAAAUAUUCAUGCUUUUUCCUUCCCCUUAGAUUCUGCCUGUGUC